AUGGCACAUAUCAAGAAAGUUGCGAUCGUAGGCGCAACCGGCACAGUCGGAUCCCAUAUCAUCCAGGAACUUCUCAACGGCGGUAAACACGAAGUAACUGCCAUCACCCGCGAAGACAGCAAGGCCGAGAUCCCCUCUGGCGUCAAAGCCGCCAAAGUCAACUACGACGACCAUACCUCUCUCGUGUCGGCCCUGGAGGGCCAGGAAGUCCUCAUCAUCACCAUGAAUGUCCGCGCACCGCAAGACCAGUCUCUGAAACUUGCCAAUGCCGCCGCGGACGCCAACGUUCCCUUCGUCAUUCCCAACGACUGGGGCUGCGACAUCCAAAACCAGGCGCUGAUUGAGAGAAUCCCGCUAAAACGCAGUCUCUUCGCCUUGCACCGACACAUCGAGGAACUGGGAAAAAGCGCCUGGAUUUCGAUUGUGGAGAACUUCUGGUACGAGUUCAGUCUCGGUGGGGGCAAGCACCGCUACGGGUUUGAUUUCAACGAGCGGUCGGUGACGUUCUUUGAUGAUGGGAAGAUGCCUAUCAACACGACCACUUGGCCACAGACGGGGAGGGCGGUGGCGGCGUUGUUGAGUCUCCCCGCGUAUCCUAAUGGAGAUGGUGAUAAGCGCGUGACUUUGUCGAGCUACAAGAACAAGGCCGUGUACAUCUCGUCUUUCUGCAUCAGCCAGAAGGAUAUGUUCGAGUCGGUGCUACGCGUCACGGCCACUAAGGAGGAGGACUGGAAGAUCUCGUACGAGGAUUCUGCUAAGCGGUACGAGGAGGCUCAAGAGGAGUUAAAGGCUGGUAGCAUUCCAGGAUUCAUCCGGUCCAUGUACACCCCCAUAUUCUACCCUGAUGGAUCUGGUUGCUACGAGAAGGACAGGGUAUUGGACAACGAUGUAUUGGGGUUGCCUAAGGAGGACCUGGACGAGUUUACCAAGAUUGCUAUCAGCAGGAAGGACGUGGUGUAUUAG